AUGAUGAAGCAGAGUAUCAUAUCGAAGAAGAAGAAGAACAAACAGUCCAUCUCAGAACAAGUUCCAAUCCAAAUCAUCCUCGAAAUCCUCUCUAGACUCCCUAUCAAAUCCCUCUUUUGUUGCCAACUCGUUUGCAAAGAAUGGUUUUCUUUAAUCUCAGACCCACACUUCGCUAAACUCCACCUCUCAAGAUCACCCAUCAGCCUCUUGAUCAAACCCAUCUUCAGAGACCACCGCGAAUCCAGAAAACUCCACUUGUUCGACCUCCAAAUCCCCCACAAAACCCGUCCCCAUGAAUCCCAUCUCAAGCUCACUACUGAAAUCAACAUCCCAUAUGCGGGUCAAGAAAUUGUGAAUUCUUGUAAUAGGUUGCUCUGUUUGUGCUACAAAUCUGUGAUUUGUGUGUGUAAUCCGAUUCUAGGCGAGUACAUUACCUUACCAUAUGCAACCUAUGAUGGACAUUACUGUGUUCCCACUGUUACUGCUUUUGGGUUUAUUCUCAGGACUAAUCAAUACAAGGUUAUACGGUUUUUUAUCGAACGGGUUGUCGAGUCAAUCAACCCCAUUACUGACUUAAAGACUUAUCGUGAUGAUCCAAAGGCUAUGAUUUACACAAUUGGUGAUGGGUUGUGGAGAAACUUAGGUAGUGUUCCUUAUUAUUUGACGAAUCACUCGUUCAAUUCUUUCGUGAAUGAAGCUCUGCAUUGGCUUAAUUUUACACGUGAUAGUCCUGAUUUCAUUCGAUGUUUCGAUUUUGAUAGCGAUGAAUUUCGGGUUGUUCUUGAACCUCCUGAGUUCGGUCUGCGUAAGGAGUUUUCAGAUCAUAUACGUGUGGGUGUGCUAUGA